CAGCCUCUAUUACGUGAGAAGCUGUAAUAGCCAUUCCUUACCUUCAGCACUGAAUAGCUAUUACGUUCCGCUCUUUUUCCCAUUUUCCAAAUUUUGCCCUCCUUCAUCUUCUCCUUCAUCUGGUCAAACUCUCUACACAAUUUCUGCCCUCAAACUCUCUUGCCAUAUUUCAGAUAUUCUCCUUCAUCUUCUCCCACAGAUCUAUAACUUUCUCUCCUUCUGUUCCCAUAUUUCAGGUAAUCUUUAAUUCAGAUUCAGAUUUCUGGCCCGUCAAAUAAAAAUCCACCGGAAUCACUUUCCACUUUCCAUAACCAAACUCAAAAUCAUCCAAAAACAAAAAAAUCCAAACAUAGAAAAGCAGAGAACUGAGAAAUGGCGGUCGGGAGAGAAGAUGUGGAGAUUUUAAAGCCCAGAAUUGACAAAAGAGAGUAUCGGAGGAUCGUCCUUAGAAAUUCCCUUCAAGUUCUUCUUAUCAGCGAUCUCGAUACCGACAAGUGUGCUGCUUCUAUGAAUGUGGGUGUUGGUUCCUUUUGUGACCCUGACGGCCUUGAAGGCCUUGCCCAUUUUCUUGGCAGCACAAACGCCUUCACAGCUUCUGAGAUGACCAACUAUUUUUUUGAUGUCAACACCGAUUGCUUUGAAGAGGCUUUGGACCGGUUCGCACAGUUCUUAAUCAAACCAUUGAUGUCAGCUGAUGCUACCAUGAGGGAAAUUAAAGCUGUCGAUUCUGAGAACCAGAAAAAUUUACUGUCUGAUGCAUGGAGAAUGAACCAGGUAUUAUUUUUGUUUUUUUUGAAUCACCCUUUGUCUUCUGGAAGAUUGUAAGAUCUCAGCUCUGACUAUUUAAAAAUGUUAAUCAAUUUUUUCUGGAAGAAAUGGAACCUGGAAUUGAUCCCUAUUCCUCAAUUGCAACUUUAAUAUUGUUUGUGAGUCCUCUCCCGUCAAUGCUUUUUAUGGUGUUAAUUCUUAUCACUUUUUCUUUAAUGAUCAAAACCAAAGCCCAAAAACUAUUGUCUUAGGAACAUCUUGUAAUGUUUUCCAUAAAUUACUGUUGAAAAUUCCAUAUCUGUAUGUGCUUGUCAAGUUUAGAUUCUCAUUUAAUACUAAUUUGGUGUUUGGCUGGAAUUCACAGAGAAACAAGUCACUUACUAACAUGAUUGAUUCCUCAAAGUGGUGAACUGAGCUUAUGUUUGGAAGUGUUCUUUCAUCCUUUGAUAUUGAUAGAUAAGGAUGAUUGGAUAUACCCUGCCAUUAAGGGCUAUUCAUCAAUUGUUUCCUUUUGUCCUGUUAAGGGUUUAUGGUGUGCAUGGUUAUUGUGGUUUCAUUGCUAUUUUGAGAGAGAGAGACUUGUGAUUAUUAAGCACACUGGGUUGCAAUUCGUAUUUGAGCAAUUGUUUGUGAGUUUGAAUGCAAUCUAAUCAUCUCAAUUGGUUGAUUUAUGCUAUUAAAAUUAAUUAAGAAUUGAUGAUUGUUGGAAAAAUUAGCAAAUUUUUAGAAACUUCCCAAUUUUUGUCUUUCUUGAAAAUAAAUGAGAACGUGUUUCUUGCUUUUAGUUGAGUAGAAGAAAAUUUUGAUGGAUUAUGGGUAUUGGUGGUGAUCAAAUUGAUUCAGAACUUUUAUUUUGUACUAGUUUGCACUUACUACCUAAUCCAUCUCAUUUGAGUUCAUGUUAAUAUUCUUUAAUGGUGAACCUUUUAGAUGUAUUCCUAUCUGGUUUUAAUUUUUCCUUCUAUGCAGCUUUAGAAACAUCUAAGCUUGGAAAGUCAUCCAUAUCAUAAAUUCAGCACAGGUUAAAAACCUUUCCUAGUUGAUCUUCCUUCCUUCUCUCCGCUCUUCUGUUAAGUUGAAUUCUUGCCUAAGCAGGUUAUAGGGCAUACUUUCUGCUUUAUAGUCAAUCAAUUAACCUAGUGAUAUUGGAUAUUGGAUAUUGGAUAUAUAUUUCCUUUCGCAAAUAUGCAUGUUAUGAUUUUUAGGGACAAAGUUCUUUGUAGUUUGUGAACCUGGGACACAGCACAUGGAGGCUCUCUUGAAAGUUGUUUAUGAGCUCUACACAGAUUAUGUUUUGAAGAACCCCUUCUAUGAGAUGGAGAUGCCCAUACGAUUCGAACUUUUUGACAUCAACCUUACACAGGCAGUACAGAAGGAUCGUGUUGCGCUUUUGGGGCGAUAAGCUGUCCUGGAACCUUUAUCUUACCAAAAUGUCACCAUCUCUUAUCUUCAUCCAUACACUUUUGAUGGAAGAUUGCUAUCAAGUUUGUAUAAACUUGUGUAUUGGGAUAUCAUCAAGCUCCUUUGUUUAGCUCAUAAGUGCUGAAUUAUUUAUAACAUAUGAUGAUUUCUGGACUUGCUUCUCCCAAUUAACAUUUAUAAAAUUAAUGAAAAAAUCCUUUGAAUUA